AAUUGCAGUGGCCAAGUGGUAGAAGGGGGUGAGACUUUUCAGUGUUUGUUGAAGAGAGACUGAAGUGUAGGAGGAGAAGGUGAAGUUUCACUUCAAUUUGGAGAUGAAAAAACUUUCCCCUUGGAAAACUCGGGAAAUCUUCUCGUCAAUGUCUAGAAAUGAAAAAAAUAAAGAAGAAAAGGAAAAGGAAGGCGUGAUGAAGUGAGCAGAAACCACAGAUUCAAAAAGAAGCGUGCACCGAGGGAGAGUGUUCCAGAGAUUUCCAUUUUCAGGAACUCUCAAAGAUGCGAACUUCUCAUAAAGGGGACCAACCAAAAACCACCCUUCACCCCUGAAAACCACCUCGCUCUCUCUUUCUCUGUGUCUCUGUCUCUCUAUCUCCUUCCCUCCCUUUUCGAGCAAAAAACCACUCUCUUUCUGUGUUUGCCCCUUACAGACCAAAACCACCCUCUCUCUCACACACUCUGUCUUAAUAAGCAUAAUAAGCAAAAACCACUUUCUUUCUCUCUCUGCCCAAGGACUGCCCAAAACCACCGAAGCCUCUUUCUCUUCCAAAUUUCAAACCCCACCCAACCCCCUUUCUCUAAUGGGAUAAAGCUAUAAACCAAAGAACCUACAAUACCACCCUCCACAAUCAAAGCCCUAACCGAAAAACCGCCAUAAAAUCAGAGAGUGAGAGAGAGAGAGAGAGGGAUGGCAUCUAAAGUCAUGGCGUCGUCGUCGCCUGCAGCCUCGGAUCUCAACCGUCCGUCCAUAGCCAUCGCAGAAUUGCAGACGCCGGACGCUUCCCGGGCCACCAUGAACAUGGAGGACCUCAUCAAGGGCUUCUGGCCGGCGGACCCCACCCCGGCCGCGGCCCCGGUCUUUGCAGCCGAGGCGCCGAAGACGGUGGAGCAGGUGUGGAAGGAGAUCGACGAGCGGAGGGGUUGCGAUGGCGGAGAGAGGGUAGGGGAGAUGACCCUCGAGGAUUUCCUGGCUAAGGCCGGCCUCGUGAGGGACGAGGAUGUGGCCGGAGGCGGUGGGAGUGGUGGGUUUGGCUCCGCUGCUCCUGGUGCCUUUGGUGGUGCCACUAGCGGCGAUGAGUCGUUCCGGAAGAGGUUUGGCUUCGGUGAGGAAGCCGAGGGAGCAGCGAGGGCGAAGCGGAAGGCGGCUGCGGCUGCAGCGGCCUUGUCGGAGCCGGUGGAUCGGGCAGCGCAGCAGCGCCAGAGGAGGAUGAUAAAAAACCGCGAGUCCGCUGCGAGGUCGAGGGAGCGGAAAUUGGCCUAUACCAUGGAUUUGCAAUCGACAGUAUCACAGCUUGAAGAGGAGAACGCACAGCUAGUUAGAGAGCAGACGGAACAAAAGAGGAGGAGGUAUAAACAGUGGCUGGCCACUCGGGUCGGAGUUUUCUAUUUCUCCUACAACAAGGCCGUUAAUGGCAGCACCUCUCAUUGCUCAAUGGCGCGGAAGAUCGCCGUGAUUGUUCGCCGGCAGAUACAUUCAAAAUUUCACAGCAGAUCGCCGAAGCUUCCGCCCUUCUAUGCGCCAUCUCCGCGCCACCAUGGACCAGAACCUUCAAACCAUGCCAGCUCCUUAGCUAGAGCACCAAGCAUUCCUCCAAGCAGUCCUCCAAAUUUCUCUCCACGCAGAGAUGGGUUCUGCAGGAGCGCAUCUUUGGCACCAACACCGCAGGUUGUCAUGUCGGACUCUGUUGCAGGACUUCCUCCACUUCCAGUGCCGCUGCCAGUCGUGCCGGAUUCUGCUGGUGGAAUUCCACCGUCUCUGGUGCCAAUGCCGCCAGUGAUGCAGGAUCCAUAUGCAGGAGUUCCUUUCGUCAUCAGCAAUCCAGCAUUGCCUUUGCCAAAAGGAGAAACCGACUCUGCUGCAAUUCGACCGUUGCCUACGUCCGAUGCAGAAGGCCAGGUAGUGGGUUGGAGUGGAACUCAAAUGCUGCUGAUGGUGCUGAUGCUUUGCUUCUCCUUUACACUUUGAUGAUGACCAUUUCUUUUUCUUCUUUCCUUUUGGGGUGCAAAUAUUUUACGCUUGGUUGCUAAGGAAAGAUUUCUGGGUAUUGUUACAUUACAUAGCUUAGGUUGGUUGGGUUCAGGGUGCUUUCAGAACCAUGUGCGUUGUCUGUAACUGGAAGACAUUUGCUUCUUAGCAAUCAUAUGGUGUUAUUGUACAACAGCCGUGUGCUCCUCUAUCGCCUUCCACAUUUUUCGGUUCUGUUGGGUCACUCAGGCUCUGUUCCGUUACUCGAACGUGAAAAUUACGGACUACCGGUGUUUCUCCGGCUU